UGACUGAAAGACUGUUCAAGGUGUUGCCACCAACUUGUUCUGCAGCCACUGAGUAUUUGCAAACAGCUGAAAAACAAAUGCUCACACAAACAUUGAAAAAUGGGGAAAAGAAGUUGACUACAAAGAAAAUAAGAUGUAAUCAAGCGAUGCACCACGUUACUAGACUUGAUACAAGGGACUAAACUACAUUUUAUGUUACAACGUAGCUGCUGAAACAUGCAACAUAUCAAAUGCCAACCAAAUACAUGACCUGGAACAUUUACCAAAUGAUUUGCAUGAAGACAUGAACUUGUGACUGUUGGAGCCCCUGGCAAUCCUGGAUGGAAGUAUGAAGGGAAGUGAAGUGGGAUGCUGUGAAUAUAUCUGCAUAUAUCUUUCAAACGCGGUAUAAUAGUCUUAGUUAAAGGUGGACAUGUGAAUUAACAGUUGCAUCCAGGUUUACCUCACAGAGAUGCAACGUAUGCGACGCUAAAGCGCUGUAAUACGCUCUCUAAAACUUGCGUGAAAACCAGAAUGUUCUCCCUGACGGGCCCUGGCAGCGUGGCAUUCGUGUAGUGUUAUAUUGUUUUGCUAAGUCACUGCUUACCAUGAAAAUAAAAUGCAUUUCAGGAGCUGUCUCUUCCUACUGCGGACUGAGUGAGAGAGAGCGGCAGGGAGCAGGCAGGCCGAGAGAGACACUGGGAGGGAGGGAGCUCACUGAAUCGCGGCGCAGCAAAAAAAAAAAAAAAAAAAUCAGCUACAUUUUCACUGAUAUUGAUUAAUCUGUGGUAUGUCAUGAACGGGGGCCGCACGGUGGACUAGUGGUUAUCAUGUUGGCCACGCAGUCACAGUCCGGAGAUGAGGAAGAUCUGGGUUUGUAUCUCCAUUGGGCAUUUCUGUGUGGCGUUUGCAUGUUCUCCCCGUGCGUGCGUGUGUUUUCUCCGGGUACUCCGGCUUCCUCCCACAUUCCAAAAACAUGCAUGUUAGGUUAAUUGGUGACUCUAAAUUGUCCAUAUACACUAAGUCCCCAACUUACGAACACAAUUGGUUCCAGACGACCGUUCUUAAGUGGAAUUGUUCUUAAGUAGGGAAAAGGUAGUAUUACCAAUGAUAUAGGUACUACAUGUACGUGUAUACAUAUACAGUAUAUGCGUAUGUAUGUAAAUAUGAGUUUGGAUGCAGUAGUAAUAUUACACCAGGAUAAUUAAUGAAAAAAACAAUAAUAAAAAUGAUAUAAUAAUACGUAAUGAUAAAUGUUAUUUACCUUUGAAGAGGAGUGGUCGAGCAUACGUCGUUGUGGAGGAGGAGGAGGAGGAGAUAUUGAAAAAAAGGACAAAUGGUGGUGGUUACACUCUUCCAAAAGAGGUAGUGUUCUGUGGGUGGUGUAGAAUUAAGCAGGCCUAUUAACUCUUCAUAAACUUUAAUCACACGCUCUGUUCGGGUUGUAUCAUACAGCCACAAUGUAGCUUUCUCUCUCCUCCCCUCCUGUCCCGCUGUUGGUCCCAUUAGCAGUGUCACAGUGCCUCUGCUGGUCAAGCAUGUAGCAGUAUAAAUAUGGACUUACAAGGCAAAACCCAUGAAAAUAUAGACCAGUCGGCUUGUGUUCGUAUCUCCGAAAGUACCCGCAACCCUAGUGAGGAUAAGCGGCAUAGAAGGUGGAUGGAUGGAUGGAAUCUUUGGUUCAUGGAGGACAAGGAGGAGGAAUAUGGUUGAACAAGGAUACAAAAACGCUCCAGCCUAACAGCGCCAGGACAAGCCACGCCUCUAGCACGGUGGUGCAGCUUGCUGCCCAAAGAUGCCGCCAAGAUGCCGGAGAGCGCAUGGAAGCUGGUCUUCUACUCCAUGUCGUGGUGCUACAGCACCUACCUGCUCUUCUUCACGUCCUACUCCUUUUUCCAUGACCCGCCCUCUGUCUUCUAUAACUGGAAGAGUGGAAUGUCAGUGCCUAUCGACAUCGCCAUCGCCUACCUAAUCCAAGGCAGCUUCUACGGCCACUCCAUCUACGCCACCGUCUACAUGGACGCGUGGAGGAAGGACUCUGCUGUCAUGGUGGUGCAUCACAUCAUCACGCUGGCGCUCAUCUGCUUCUCCUAUGCCUUCAGGUACCACAAUGUGGGCAUCCUGGUGUUGUUCCUCCACGACAUCAACGACAUCCAGUUGGAGUUCACCAAGCUUAAUGUCUACCUGAAGUCCAGAGGCGGAGGAUACUACCUGCUCAAUGACGUGCUGUCCAACAUGGGCUCCGUCAGCUUCAGCAUCACCUGGUUCUGGUUCCGUCUGUACUGGUUCCCCCUAAAAGUGCUGUACGCCACCUGCGUGUCCAGCCUGCAGUCCGUCCCCAACAUCCCUUUCUACUUCUUCUUCAACGCUCUUCUCCUCGCCUUGCUGCUCAUGAACAUCUACUGGUUCUUGUUCAUCGUCUUAUUCGUGGUGAAGGUGCUGAAGAUGAAGGAGGUGAAUGACGUCAGGGAGUAUGAGGAGGAGGAGGGCGGCAAGGCAGCAGCGGGCCUGCUCAGAAACCCUCACGCCGCCAGAAAUGACGGCAAACAGGAGGAUGAUGAUGAUGAUGCUGGACAUCACCAAAGCGGCGAUGAGAAGCACGUUCAGAACGGCAUCACCAAGGAGAAGCAUCUAUGAACGGCUCUCCGUCGCCCCCGCCUGGCAGGAGGCCACCAGUACGGAAGGAGAGAAGGAUCAGGAAGAACACACACACACACACACACACACACACAAGCGAGUUAUUUUUUUAAUUAUUAGAGCACUGUGAAUGUUAUCUCUUCUUGUUGCUUAUUAUGCAUUUUAGUACAAGUCAGCAUUGGACUGUGAAGGUGUCACAUGACCCGGAGAUGCCCCUAGUGACGUGUUCUUUUUCCUCAUCCAUCCCUCAUUGAUUUUAUUCUCAUCGCACGGGUCCGUGGUGGCCUCCCACAUCCAUUAGCAACAUUAUAUAGUGUGUGUGUGUGUGUGUGUGGAUGCAGCCUGUUCUUUUACAACACUUCACCUCAAUUUUCAACGUGUGUGUGUCUGUUGCACUGGCAUGAAGGCCGACAAGCUGCUUUAAUGACAGCAAAAAGCUGGAAGUGAUUGACUUGGUUUUGUUUUAAAAUCCUUAUUAUUUAAUUUGCAACAAAAAAGCCCCAUAAAAAGUGUAAAGAUCAGAAUCAAUAAUAGGAUUGAAGAAAAUUAUAUAUUUAUGCACAUGUAUUCAGGAAUGCAUGACAUUGGAAUGAGUUUUUUUAAAGUCAUAACUUUAUUUUGAAAGGAGCGCACAGACACUCCCGGUGUUUGUGGCUCUUAAGGACGGAAGCAUGCAAUUUGCACAACAAUGGUGCCCCGCCCCCUCCGUCACUCCUACAAAGUAAGAUUUGGUACCUUCUCGAUCCACUUUGGGCUCUUGUUUUGAAAAGCAGCAUGCUUGAACGCCGGAACUGGGCCGCAGAUGAAACGUCGCCUUGUUGAGCGUCUUAUUGGACUUCCUGUCCCGUCAUGCCACCUUUUGUCAGCACUUCAGGUUGUUGUUUGGUGAAUUCUUUCUAUCGAAGCUGCUGCUGUUUUUUUCCCUCGUCAGAGCACACUGUUCUUAUUCCUGUUGUGUGUUAUUUUAUUUGAUUAUUGUUUUCUGAUGUGAUGCGAUACAAAGCGGGGCCAGGGAGGGAGAGUGGACUUGUUCUUCCGCAUCUGGACCAUCUCUUCCUUGUUGGCUGAACGUCGGGUCACGUGACGUCACGUGCCAUGAAAGCUAACUCACGAAUGGCUGUGUCUCAAUUGGCGCACUUAUGAGUGCGGAAGUGCGUUCACACUGAAUGCAGUGUUUCUCACAAGACCGCAGCUGUUUGUGGUGGUGGGGAUGUUGAUGUAGUGACAGAAUCGCCGAAUUUGCGUAAAUCGGCCAUGACACGUUUCCAAAAAGUGAGUUAAAAAAUGUCACGAACAUGACUGAGCCGCCAGUGAGUGCUUAUCGAUGGGGGAGGAGUCCACUCCCGCACCAGGAAGUAUUCGUGGUGACACAAAUGAAUGCAUGGGAAACACUGUACUGUACAAUCUAAUUGAACCAACACAACAAAAACAAUAAUCCCUCGCUAUAUAUCAUAAAUCAUAAUUAAUAAAUGACAGUUUACUGGUUGACUGUGGCCUAUUAGUCAAAAACUAUUGAAAGACAAGUUACACGCAGUAUUUUGGUCACUAUACACCAGUAAAGCUAUGAAAUGACAUUACCUUUCACUCUGCAUGGAGACUGGCUAUCGAACUAGCAGAGCCGAGCCGACGUGCUUUGCUGAGCUCGAAUGAUAAAACGCUUCUCCUCUCAUUCCGUGUGGAAGUGGUAAGUCUUGAUUCAUUUGUCCCCCCUCACCACUCCGUUUCAAACACUUAAGUUUAGAGUAAGUCAAUUGGCCAGGCUGACCAGUUUGCUAUGCUAGCGCCGAUAAGUACAUUUGAGAGGUUAACUAGUUAGUUUGCUAUGCUAGCGGGAGCCCUGCAGUAAUCCAGUAGACUGAGCAAUGUGAUGUAAACGAAAUAAUAGGGGUGUAAAAGUGACAUGUCUACAGGGCUCUAAUAAUGUUAAAAACAGGUUUUCUAUGCUCUUAACUACGAAAAUAUUCCAUUAUGAACAUUGACUCAUAUUGCGGUGAUUCAUUUAACGCGGUCGAGUCUGGAGCCAGUUAACCGCGUAAACGAGGGAUUAUUGUAUUGGUGAAAAUAAACAGAAAAAUUGUAGUGUCAGUCUCAUCACACUAGUAAUUGAUACCGAUACUAACAUUGGUGUCGAUACGACUGAUCCGCUCAUGCCGUCCUGAGUAACAAAGUACACAGAGUACAAGGCGUACACGCGGUACACAUACGGAGUAUUGCAUUGGAGACACAGCCUGUCUGAUGACUGUGAUUCCACAUAUGGACAUGGUGUGAAACCCAUUUUUCAAGAAUCAUGCAAAUUUAACUUGUUUGAAUUCAUCCGAAUAUGAGACAACCUUUCUUUUAAAGACACUUCUUUCGGGGGUGAAAACUUACAUCCUUUUUAAAAUCAGUGAAAUCAUUCGUAUUUCAUCAUUUUUAGAAAUUGUAUUAAUAUUUCAUAUUUUCCUAGCAGAUGUUUGAUGGCGGCUUCAUUGAUCAGCAUGAUCUUCAAAUGAGCAUCAUAACUCCUCCUCUGUUGUUUGAUGACAACUUUUGGACACUUUUACCGAGCGAGGUUCCUGCUUUGUGUGAGCAACUGGCAGAAAAGCUCUGGCUCACAUGUCGUCUCUAGGCCUCUGGUGUGUGUGACUGGAAGAAAAACCCUGACACUGGGGUACCUCUGCAUAUGGCAAAAACAAAAUGAAUUCAUUAUUAUUGAUAUAAUAAUAGAUAUAGCAUAUAUUCAUCUACAUUGGAUUGCGUUAAUGUCCAAAAUGUAUAAAAAAAAAAAGUGACCUUACCAAAUUUAUCCUGUUUUUUUUUUUUUUUUUUAAUUGAACGUGUUACAGGUCACAAAUGAGAUUUUGGACUUUAAUGACCAUAUUGACUUGACUUCUCUAGGAAAACUAUUCAGGGUUAGCAAACAAGAGAAGAAAGUUAUGAUGCCAGCCUGAUCAAUCAAACGACUGUCAAGCAGCUAAGAAAUAUAUCAUUUUGAAAUAAUGACUUGACUUUCAGGUCUUGAAAAAGAGGCAUGGUCAAUCAUUCCUAAUGAGAAGGUGGUAUUUUUGCGUGUGUUGACUUUUGUCUCCUCCUCUUAUUGGAAGAGAAACGUGCACGUUGUGUCGUCUGUCUGCUGGAAAUCAAUGAGGCGACAGUAUUACUCCAUUUUUUAAAUUUGAUUUUGCGUGCAUGUAAAGAAGUAUUCAACUACCUUAGAAACUCCUGCGUUGAGAGGCUGCCCAGGAAGUGACUACUUGAAAUAACAAUCCCAUUUCUUUGUUUGAUUUCGAUGCAAACGUUGGAAAAAGUGUCACGUGAACGUAAAGAAAUGUCCUUGGUAGUGUCACAGUGGCUGGGGUAGGCCCCAGCUCCUGAUGGCAUAAAUGGUACUGAGAGGGUUGUGAGGCAGCGACAAGGUCAAAAGGAAACAUUUGGGAUUUUUGUCUUUGUUUUGGUCCAAAAUGAAUGCUUUUUGAUUGUGCCAAAAUGUGAAGUAGGAGCAGCGGGCAGGACGGCUUGCAUGAACACCACCAGGCUUAAAGGAUUCCUUUUGUCCAAAAAGAAUUGCACUGUAAUUUAUUAGCAUUUGUAAUGUACAUUAGCUAGAUCAACACUAGAAAAGGAAAAGGGUGAAUGAGGGUAUUUUUAGACCUUUUUUUGGAUCAAACAUUGUAUUUUAAUCCCUGUAAUCGCCCACAAUUCAACCACUGGCUCUUUUAUAGACUGUUCUGCUUUUGGUUACCCCCUGAAAUAAAAAGGUGUUCAAGUAAUAAAAAAUAUUUAAAAAAUAAUCAGAUGUGUGCUUUAUUUUGAAUCACAUUUUUAUUUUUGCAGAGUUGAAGAGGAAUCGGGUGCACCAAGGAGCAAUAAAUUAACUCAUGAAAAGUGUUUGUAAAAAGAGGAAGGGUGUUUUUGUACACAAGUCAUGCAGUAACACACAUUGUAAAAAACCCAAAAAUUCUCCCGACAUAUUUGUCUUAAUGGAAAAGUGCAAUUUUGGGGGGAAUUUUACCCAUCAUCCACGAUCCUUUGCGAGACGUGAACAUUCUAACUUCCUUCCUGGGUGCAUUGAUUUCACAGCAACCUAGAAAGCAACGCUACACCUGGUGUUAAAAACACAGCAGCAGUUGCGGCAGCUCCAAUAUGUAGCGUUACCUUUUGCACUGUGAGCGAGUGCGUGGUGUCACUACGCCAGUAACGUAGUUCUUGGGCGUAACAAUGUUAAUAACUGUCGCUGUCACAUUAUGUAAAUGUCAU